UUGUACUGUCAACAAUUUCACAGCAUAACCUAACUUUUGUCUCCUACCUACUUUGUUUUUAAAAAAUCCGGAUAUAAAACUAGAUUUUGUUUCUCUAGAUAUAAUUUUAUUGUGAUAAUAACAAGUUAUGAUUAUUAUAAUAAGUUAGCGUAUAAUGCUAUUUUUCCGAGGAUUGAAAUAAGUUAUUGAUAUAAAAUACUGUCAGAGUUAAAAUGAGUGUUUCAAGUGUUAAUUUUAAUGCGGAAACUGCAAAAGCUGCUCUGACUGACAUCUUGGCGACAUUGAACAACGAAGAAAACUCGACAAAACUAGAAGAGGCCAAAGAAAAUGUUGGCAAUGAUAUGUUAAAAAUGAUGCAAUAUAUAUUCCCUCUAGUAGUUCAAAUUCAAAUGGAUGUAAUUAAAAAGUACGGCUUCACGGAUAAUAGAGAAGGUAUAAUCCAAUUCACCCAGCACAUUGUGGCUAUGGAGAAGGAAGAUCCGUGCAUUGCUGACCUUCACAGUCAGCUCAGAGCCAUCUUCCUUCCUCCAGUAUCCAUAGCAACAGAUGCUUCUCUUUGACACAACAUCUCCUCCAAAAGCGAACGAACCUGAAAACGAUCAUAAAGAUAGCCUACCUGAAGUAAUCUGGCAAAUCAGUUAGCUCGUGAUGUAUAACUUGCCCUCCUUGCAAUUGACAGAAGCUACUGCUAGUGGUCCUAUAAAGUUCUUGGAGAAUGUUGUUCCUUGAUGUUCAAACUCAUUUAAUGGUUAUUGGACAAUCAUACGAUUUUCUUAUUAAUCGUAAUACAAAUCAAAAUAUAGUAUUUUUAUUCGUAUCCUUUCAAAGAGAAUAUCGUAGGCUUAAAAAUUCCGGCUACUAUUCCGAUUAACCUUCAAUAAUUGACAACAUUUUUAGCCAAGACCGUGCAACAUUAACUGAAGUAACUAGUCAUCUAAUACUACUCAGUACUCAAAUCUCUUCAUUAAGAAUCAACUUCUAGAGUACUAUUUCACUCAAUAAUGUUCCAAACACAUGGGUGUUUCGAAAAAUCUAUGGAAAAGGACAGCUCUUUUUAAAAAGUAUUGAAACUGAAAUUUAUGUUAUAAAAUGUAAAUUAAAAAAAUAGUAUUGAAGCUAUUAUACACCAUUAUAAUUUAUUCAAUAUAGUUGUUAUAUUGUUCUUAGAUCAAAUAAUAGUUUAAUCACUAAUUAUAUUUGUGAACAAUUUGUGACAGGUGCUCACUAUUGGAUGAAACGCUCUUGAUUGUCUUGAAACUUAUAUUCACAAACGUCUAUAUUUGAAAUGUAUCCUCAAAUUGUUGUUACUAUUAAUUAAUUUUGUAUCAAUCGUUUUUGCACCUCGACUAAUAUUUAUAAUAAACGUAGGUAUUUGAUAAUUUUAUAAUUUACAAAACUAUAAUUAUAAUUAUAUAAUUUUAUUUAAUUUUAAUGUAUUAGUAUCAUAUUAUUAAAAUUAUUGAGAUGCCA